AUGAAUCUCAAAAAUUCUCUUACCUUUGUCUUUGUCCUUGUCUGCUCGGCUUUAGCAGGACUUCCCAGCACUGGAUCAAGCGACGCAGAAUGGGACUUGUCAAUGCCAAUGAACGGCGUCACCUUCCAGCGAGCCAAGGCAAUCUCCGAUCCUACGCCUGAUCGUGUCAGUCUGCGUUACUCCCGCCUCGAAAACCUCAAGGGAAAGUCCAAGGUCCAAGGACGCGCGGGAAUUUCCGCCCUUGAACGUUCGGGUCUCCCAUACCCACGCAGGACUCAAAACGUUUCCACUGUGGGCGAUUUCUCAACGCAGUAUGCCCUCCGAUGCGGGUGGGAUGAUGACCCAGUGUGGCUUCUACUUGAUACAGGAAGCUCCGAUACGUGGGUAGUUCAGUCUGGAUUCGGUUGCGUGGACAGCUUGGGAAAUAAACACACACAAUCAGCGUGUGCCUUCGGCGAGCCGCAAAUCAAAGACUUUGGACACGGAGAAAUCGAAGGAGUGCACUUCUAUCUAUCAUACGGAUCGGGCGAGGAGGUCUCUGGCCCCAUGGGGCGGUCAGACAUUUCGUGCGGUGGCCUGUUCGUGUCUGAGCAGCAGGUUGGACUCGCCAACAAGACCUACUGGCACGGUAACAACGUCACCGUCGGGAUUCUUGGCCUCGCCUACCCAUCCAUCACGAGUGCCUAUUAUGGUCAAGUGGGCGAGGAAGAGACUUGGCUCGCGAUUCCUUACACGCCGUUUCUGACAAGGGCAAUAGCCCAAGGCACGAUUGACCCCGUCUUUAGUGUGGCCAUUAUGAGGAAUUCGAGUGACGGAAUCCUGACCUGGGGCGGAGUACCUCCCAUGUUGUGGAAUCGCAAGUCCAAAGCGGUGACAGAUCUUAUCAUUGCGAACUUGAUUAAUCAGGAGGAAACGGCCUGGAAAUAUUCCUUCUAUACCAUCAUCCCGGAUGGUGUGGUGUGGGGGCUUACAACAGACACAACCAAGUAUCCUUACAUCGUGGACACGGGAACCACUAUGAUGCAUCUCCCUCCUGCUCUAGCCGAGGCAAUCGCGCACUCCUUCGAGCCUCGUGCCACAUACAUCUAUCAAUGGGGAGCAUACUUUGUUCCUUGCGACGCGAUCGCACCGCCGUUCGCCGUCAUCAUUUCCGGGGUCGAGUUUUGGAUCAACCGGGCCGAUUUGAUAUACCAGGACCUGGUUGAUCCGCAGACGGGGCUGUGUGCCUGUGGUAUAUCAAGUGGAGGGCCCGGGCCGUACAUCCUAGGUGACGUAUUCCUCCAGAACGUUCUGGCGGUCUUCGAUAUCGGCGCAGCAGAGAUGCGCUUCUAUUCAAGGGAUUGAGUAUACGACAUCUCACCGGCUUCAUAGUCUGCGCAUCACCGUGGUAUGAUUCUAGGAACACGGUGAGAGGUUGGGAUUGCUGCGGGCCUAUUGUAACACCGGAGCCAUAGACUGAACAAGAAGGAGAUUAAUGGUUGUCGCCUUCACCGGGUGAUUAAAGGUGUCGUGAGUUCUCGGGGAACCCGGGGUCGAACAGGUGAGCAGAUUUGGGGGAAGCGAGGCGGAGGGGAGAGGGGAAAUAGUCAUUAGGGGAGGCGUGAUUGGUAACGCUUUGGUUGGUGGUUUGACGCAAGAAGCAUCCGAUGCGGUGGUCUCGCGAUGUCAAAUGAGAUUGAGAGGUGUGUAAGUUACCUGGCAAGGCAAUGUGAAGUAAAGAACCUAGAUAAAGAA